UCCGCCUCGACCUGUCGGGCUGCCCGUGCCGUGAUUGAUGCUCGCUUGGUGUCAAUUCUAUCGGUCAAUGGAGGAAGAUCGCGGCGAACGGGCGGACUGGCAGCUGGGUAUAUAUUGAGGAUAUCGAAGGGCGUGGCGGCUGGACGUUGAGGGCGAGAUCGGACGACACGACGGAUGAGAUACAAGGAUCAUGAUGGAGGGCGAGGUCCCGCAGAACAGCCUCCAGGUAACGAUCAAUGUUGUAAAUAGCGGGCUACGCCAUUUAGCGGCGGCUCGGCCAACAGCUAAAAGAGGCUAUAGCGAAGCUGACCUCAUUUAGCGGCUUUACUAAUAAAUGAAAAAAAAUAAACAAUAAUAUAAUCAGGUAUCAUAUAUGCAUACAUAUAUCACAUAACAACAAAAGGCAACAACAUGAGCUGCUGCCGUUUAUGGUACGGAGGCAGUGCUUAAGUUAGCAAAACAGAGAUUAACCAUAGCAUCAGCUCUACUGAAACAACAAUGUUUAAUCCACUACGAAGUACAAACCCUACUCAACGGAAACAAACAACUCUCCAGGUCAAUCAACAUUUGGUAUACAGGAAAAGCUCAGAGAGAUUCAAUGCAUAAAUAACGUGGACCUGGAAAAAAGGUCAGAGAUUCAGAAAUUGUAAGGACAACAUGCAAGCAAGCAAGCAAGCACGUGGAAAGAAACAGAGGGGCCAAACCGACUGUGUUCACUUUGCUUCGUCGCUAAAGCCUCCGGCCGCGUUCCUUCUGCACAAGAAUCCGAUCCCCAUCCCCAUACCGCCAAACCAGUUACAACUCUCCUCCUCCUACCCCGGCGAAUCUCGACCUGGACAAAGCAGCGGCCGGCCGACGCCGGCGCCAACGGACGGGGGAUCCCAUCCCAUGGAGGAGGCCUGCGAGAUCGCGCGCCUGCCGGAGGAGCUCCUCUCGGCGGCGCUGGCCCGCACGUCCCCGCGCGACGCCUUCCACGUGGCCGCCGUCUCCCCGGCCUUCCGCGCCGCGGCCGACUCCGACGACGUCUGGGCCAGCUUCCUGCCCCCCGGCGGCCUCCCGCCGCUCGCCGACGGGGAGCUGCCCCCGCCCUCGUCCAAGAAGGAGCUCUUCCUCCGCCUCUCCGCCGGCCCCGUCCUCCUCCAGGACAGGCUCGUGAGCAUGUGGGUGGACAGGGAGGCCGGCACCAAGUGCUACAUGCUGUCCGCCUGGAACCUCCAGUCCGUCCUGUCGGGGGACACGCCCGAUUACCCGAGACGGGUCCCACUCGACGACUCUUCUAGAAACCACAAGUCGCUCGGUUCGCUCGUUUUAAGUGGGAUUAUGACAGGCCCACCCACCCCAACCCUCAUUCGCUCGCGCUCUCUGCCCCACUCGUUCGCCGCCGUCGACCCGUCCACAUCUCCGACCGCCGCCGCCGCCACCGCGUCGCCAUGGUUUCCUGGAGUGAGGAUGAUGACAGCAGUGAAGGUGAGCACGGCAGGUAUUACCAGUACGCCACCUCAGGUUCAGACGACGGCAUCGUGAAGGUGGGUUGGUAGAAAUAGGGUUAGUGUUUGGAUUUGGGGAUUUUCCUCUUGAGCUAGAUCUGAAGUUUCCUUCCCAAAUCUCUUGCUUUCCUUUGCACGUGCAGAUCCCUGCU